CCAUUCUCUUCCAAAACCCUUUAGCCAAAUUUCACAAAGUUCACUAGUCGUCACUCCCCAGCACCACCUGCCGCCGCCGUCAGCAAUGGCCGCCGCAGCCUCCUUGCAGCCGGCUCCUGUAACCUUCCAGCACCGCUCGUCGUCCGAAUUCCACUCCAAACCGCCAACGCGCCUCGCCCUAACCUCAACCCUUAAAACCCCCAAACUCACAAUCAAACCCCUCCGCCGCCGCGGCGGUGCCACGAUGUCGAAUACCGCCUCCGGAAGCUACGCGAGCGCGCUCGCCGACGUGGCGAGGAACAACAACACGCUGGAGAAGACCUUCGCCGACGUGGAGAAGAUCGAAAAAAUCUUCUCCGACGACUCCGUCCUCCGAUUCUUCGCGAAUCCGACGAUCGGCGACGCGGAGAAGCGCGGCGUGGUGGAGGAGAUCGCGAGGUCGUCGGCGCUGCAGCCGCACGUGGCGAAUUUCCUGAACAUCCUGGUGGAGAUGAGGCGGAUGGAUCUGGUGAGGGAGAUCGCGAAGGAGUUCGAGACGGUGUACAAUGAUGUGACGAAGACGGAGGUGGCGGUGGUGACGUCGGUGGUGAAGCUGGAGUCGCAGCACCUGGCGCAGAUCGCGAGGGGGGUGCAGAAGCUGACCGGGGCGAGGAAUGUCCGGAUCCGGACGGCGAUCGAUCCGGGUCUGGUGGCCGGGUUCACGAUCCGGUACGGGAAUUCCGGGUCGAAGCUGAUUGAUAUGAGCGUGAAGAAGCAGCUCGAUGAGAUCGCGGCACAACUGGAGCUCGGUGAUAUUCAGUUAGCUGUUUAAUUUGGGGGAAGAAAUUAAUUGCGAUAUUUUGAUCAUUUGAAAAUGUGAAAAGAGUGUUCAUUUCAAUGCUUUCCUUGUUAAAUUCUUUUCAGUUAUGAAUUAGGAGUGUCAUUUUGUAAUCGAACCUCUUUUUUACUCGAUUUUUGGUUAAUUAUUUUA